AUGGGCAGGUUGCAAGCCUCUAGUCCCAUGAGUUUUUGGGAGAACUUCCGUUCUCCCGGAGUGGACAUGCUUUUCCCCGGACCGACGUGCGGGAUACAACGAUGUCAUAAGUCAGUCCUGGCUCAGCAGAAGAGGGUUCUGCCUGACGGACGUCGCUGUUGUACCAAAGUUCCAUACGGGAUCGCCUCCUCCGUGGCCGCCAAGUUCAGAGAGAGAAAUCCCAGAACUAUCAUCAACUGGGAUCUCUUCGCUACGCUAGCCGGCUUUUGGGAAAAUUCCGCAAUGGACAACAUCGGCGAGGAAUAUGACCGGCUCGUUGAACACUUUCACGACUGCGCGAAGAAGGCUAAGAGUUUCAAAACCACCAAGAGACGUCUGUCUCUUGAAACUCUUGAGCUGAUACGCCAGCGUGGAGCAGCACGAACCGCGGGGAACCAAGAACUUACGUCCGAGCUCGCAAGGCUUCAGCACGAUUGA